AUGUCACUCGAACCAGAUCCGUUAACUGCAGGUGUCACAGGCAAUUCAUUAUGCUCAACAACAGGUGCACGCGUUUAAAUCUACGAUGACAAACGAAAUCAUCAUCAUCUUAGUUUUAUCCUUGUCAAUCAUCGACACAAUACACGAUUCUUUACCUACAAAUCGAAUAUCUACGGAGAAACCAUCGGACAUAAUGCUCCACGAAAUGAAACAAGUAAUACGUCAAUUGGUUGCGUUAUUGAUACGACACUUGUUCAUCCAAACGGACUUGAUUUUUAUUUGAAUUCCCAUAAUGCUGGUCGUGGCGUCAACAAUCCAUCAUUUUACGGUGUCAUUUUGAAUGAGAAUGGUUACACAGAAAGCGAAUUGAAAGUAUUAACAUAUUAUCUAUGUUAUACAGAUCCUCGUUCAUCAUCAUCAGAAGCAACUUUAUCUGUAGUUCAUCAAGUAAAUAUAGCCGCAUUGAAUGAUCAAGAUCUGUUUGAUAAUUCUAUCGAUUCAUCGGAAAUAAAUCGUCAUCGACAAAUUCAAUCAUUACAAAAUGCCAUUGUCGCUAAUUUAGAUUAUGAAAUUCUUCAAGUCCAUCCAGAUCUUCGUAAUCGAUCUGGUCUUGCCUAA